CUAUGCACCUUCACCGGCCCCCAGUCCCCACCACUAUCCCCGCCGCCAGCACCACCCCAGUCCCCGCCCAACAGCUGGCUCCGGCGGGUCGCCUUCCUUCUCGUCCUCAUCCUCUUCCGUCGCGACCUCCCCAUCCCAGCCCGACGAUAUCUCCUUUACCCUCAGCUCCUUCCUCCGCCCCGAGGACGGCGUCAUCGCCGAACCCUAGAGAGGGCCGGGGGACGGACACCGUAGAUAGCCAUGGUUGUUGCUGUUGAGGGCAACGACUUCGUCCACGACGACGAGGAGGAGACCGCCCCAUCAGCUCCCUCUUUCGGCGCCCAGGCUAGGCGCGCCCCGCAGCCCCGCCUGCCUCGCAGGCCACUGCUCCGCCAAGAGGAGGAUUUCGAGGCAGACUUCGAGGAGUUCGAGGUGAAGGCCGGCGACUCGGAGCUCGACUCUACAGAUGAGGCAAUGACCUUCGCCGCCCCAGGAGCGCACUCGCCAGAGGAUACAACUGGCUCUUCCCAAUCUCUAGCCGUCGCCCUAGAUCCAGAGUUAUCCUUGUAUGUCACCCCAUUCUUGGUUGCAAUAGCCGUUCUUCUUGAAGAAAAAACUUCAACGGUGGAUUUUGUUUGGGCAAUCCCCCUCUCCCUCCUAUUCUCAUGUAAACAACUUGCUAUGUUAUAUUUUUAUUCAAGUUUCUAGCUCUGUUUCUUGUUGGAUCUGUAAUGGAGGGCCACUUUAGCUUCAGUUCAAUACCGAUCUACAUAGCUGA